GAAGCCUCGACCCGUCUCCCAGCUCGUCUCGCAGCAGCAGGUAACGCAGCAGUUCGUGUUGCCCUCGCAGCCCAAAAAGGAAAAGAAGGAGCGAGUGGAGAGGGAGAAGAGUGACAAGGAGCCGGCGCUUAAGAAGAACAGUCACAAGAAGAUGAGACCAAGAUUAAAAAACAUCGACCGCAGCAGCGCCCAGCACCUCGAGGUGACGGUUGGGGACCUGACAGUCAUCAUAACGGACUUUAAGGAGAAGGCCAAGCCCUCGUCCACCUCGACCACGUCGUCGACGUCCAGCGCCGCGUCCGCCGCCGACCACCACAGCCAGAACGGCUCCAGCUCAGAAACGACAGAGAAGGGGCUCUCCCGCUCCUCCUCACCCAGAGGAGAGGCCAGCUCGGUCAACGGGGAGUCCCACUGAGCCCACCCAUCUUUCUCAAGAUCCUUUCCCCAUAAAGCCCCCACCCACAACUCAUCUGCAAGGUCACAGGUCACAGGUGGAGCCUCUAAUGUAGAGCUGUACAAAACUGACUUUAAACUUGUUUUUGCUCUUUUUGGAAUUUUUUUAUUAAACACACAUCAGUUUCAACUAUUCAACCAGUUCUCCACAGUACUGGAAGUCUGCAUUUAGAAAGCAAUAUGACUCACCUUUUGUUCCAUUUGUUUUUUCUUCAGUUUUUUAGCGAUCUACAUUUUUAUUUGGACGUUUUGGUGCACUCGAACGGAUCCCACACGCUGUCUGAGGCCUGUUGCCAGAAAAAAAAUCCAGGACAGUCUUAUUUUAAAGAAACAUUCAGGCAAGCGUCAUGGUGCUGUGCAGCUCCCUUAAGAUGCACCUACUUUUAUUUUUAUUUUUUUUUAGGUUUUUGUUUAACUAAAGUGCAGCCCCGCAUCUUCUGCAGUGACCCAGCAGAGUGACCUUUUCUCAACUCGUGGAAUUAUCAGCCUCUGUCUGGAAUCCUUACCUCCCUAUUAAAAAAACCUGAAACCAUCUUGUACACACUCUGAGCUGAAUCUUCAACCUCACAGCAACCCUUUGCUCAUGAUAUCUACUUCAACCUUUAACUUCUCUAUCCGCUCCUGAAAGACUUUUUUGAUGCAGGAUUUAGUCUUUCGUCAUCAUUUUUGGAGCAAGUUUCUCAGUCCAGUUAACGCUUGAUACUGCUCUGUCAAAGCCAUCAGGCAGGUUUUGAUUAAAGCCCUCUUUGAAAUGGUGCCGGAAGGUGUAGCUAAUGAUUUUAAAGGAAAAUACUGGUAUUUUUUGUGUGUUUGUGUUGGUUUUUGUGCCAAUACUUUGCAUUAUAUUAGCCCUUUACUUUUGCAUAAAAACA